AAGCAUAUUGUUCUGUUUCCAUAGCUACAUGAGAAUGUAGGCAAUAAGUUGUUGUGAUCAUUGUGUGUGUGGCAUGACAACACGAUGAUGCCAUCAAGCUGCAGCUAUCAGACAUUUCCCAGUGUCAAAUAUCCCUGUCCAUACCCAAAUACAACUGGGUGAUCGCCAUUAUUAUUGUUUUAUUCAAUGCAGCCGAUGCCCUUAUCUAAGGUUGAAAACAGUUUUAAAGACCCCUGUGCCUUUUCAGGCCAAUGUGCAGCCUUGUGUCUUGUGAGUGAGAGGGCAAAAGAGAGGAGUGCUGUGAAGGUGUGCGCUAGGUACCUGUCAGCCAGCAGGGGGGGGGCUGACAUUGGCUUGGUUGCCCAUGACAACCGUGCGAGUGCUAACAAACGAGUGUGAGCCCUGAGUGUGUGACAGUUCAGCACGGAGCUCAGCAGCACGCAGCAGCUCCAGUGACAGCAGGGGAGAGUACAGGCGCAAGAUACCUGCGCACAGGCAGCAAAGAAUGACGAUUGCCGUAGAGUGGAGCAGUGCUGGUACUCUCUAAAGCGCCAGGAGGAGCAAUGCAAACUGAUGAACAAGGGGGGGCCCUUCCCACGUGGGCCCCCCAGGUGCUGUUGGAGCUGGAAAGGAGUCAACAGGCCCUGCUGCACCUGAGGGAACAGCAGAUUCAGGACAUGGAGAGCGUGUCCAGGUCUGUUGAAUGUGCCCUGCUGGGAGCACAGAGGGAAGAGCAGCGACUGAUAGACAGGGUGGGGCAGGAGCACCGGGACACCCGGCUCCAGCUGGAACAGCUGCAGAAGGAGAACACAGCUGCGGCACAAGCCAUCCAGGCCUCCAUCGAGGAGAGGCUGCAGGCUCUGGCUCAGCUCCGUGAUCAAAUCCAGAGAGGGGGACGGACAAACCUGGAGAAGAACCUCCAGCACAGGAUCUCAGAGCUGCUGCUUUGGGAGCCACCCUUCUCGCUGAAAAGGGUCAGCUUUCACCCCUCUCCCCACCAGCUGGUCCUGUUCGGGGAGAUCAGGGUCCAGGGGCACAGCCUGCGUGUCCGCACUCCACAUGAGGGUCAGAGCAGGGGGCAGGGUGACAGCUGUCACUCCAAAGGGGUGAACCGAAAUCAAAUACAAGCCUGUGGGGGUGAAAACCGAGUGCAGAGAGUGAAUGGAGCCAUGGUAAAAACUGCAGAUGAAAAAGUCAUAGAAUGGUCUCCCAAGACAUCUGUGGCGGAGUGUGGGGGUGUACGAGUAGUGAGGAAGAUUCGUCUCUCUCCCAGGGUUGCAGAAACAGGUGACGGAAUGGGGUCUCAGGAAGCUAAACUCAUCAGUGAAAUAAAAAACGAACGGGAGACAAACAGCGGUAUACAAAUGCCACAGCUCACAGAGGUUCCUGCCCUAGACCUGUCUUCUCUGGCAGACUCCCGUAUUCAUUCACAGAAACCUGAGUUAGAAGUUGAUGAUGGGGAACGUGACUUGGCAAUGAGUUUAGAUUCAGAGAGAGACCUCUUUCAGGCUGUUCCUGCUUUCCUGAGUGAUGGGGAAUCGGAGAAUGGGGAAGAGCAGACUGUAAUUGAGAAAGGUACAGAAGGUAAUCACAUCAAAAGCAGCCCCCCUUCCAGCAGAGCUCUUGUUCUGUUGUCUAGCCGUUGUCCCUCUGCCCGCCAGGAGGGAGAGCUAGAGUGUGUGGUACAUCACCCGGGAUCUACUGAUCUUGGAAUCCAUGUAGGACCACCUAAAGAUCAGGUCUUGAUGGCUAACCAGCACAGAGCUCAAUUCAGCACACAAAAAGAGAUCUCUGCAGCCAGUAAAAGCCAUCCAGGUCACAUAGGCAAGACAAGAAAACAUGCGGAAAGCACCUUUUGGAAUGAAAAUGCAAUCACUCAAGGAUUCGCUAUAAAUAAUAAAAGUCUGCCAGCCUCACAGUCGUCAAACAGGGGCUCCAAGCAGAGUCUUGAAGACAAACAAGACCCCAAGACAGGCAUUCGAGAUUCUGCAAUUAGCCGGAGCUGUCUUGAUCUCUCUCCCAGAUAUAGGUCCCCCUCUCAUGUUAGUUUGUCUCUUGAGGAUCCUGCAGUUGGUACAUACGGAGAUACAGGAAGGCCUGCUUCACCAGCGGACAGCAUUGACUCCUCUUACACUUUCAUCGUAAGUUCCCCUAGGGAUUACAGUAUCCCCAUUCGCAGCAGUGGUGUAGACUUGCGCCUUUCAAAAUCUACAUUUGAUCUGUCUAGAAGAGCACCUCCCCUCAUUGAAGGGUCAGGGAGAGACGAGGUAGGACAGGGACGGGUUAACAGGAAGCGUUUAUCAAGCGCUUCUUCAUCUCUCAGUCGGAUUUCGAAUGGGAAUGAAGCCAAGGACCUCUGUAGCACUGGGUUUAAAAGUAAGAGCACUCACUCUUUCCAGAGUACGAAAAACACUCCUGGUCGUGUUUCUAGGUCGGUCUCAAUGUCAAUUAUAGAUGUGUCAUCUGCUCCCUCUAAACGUGGGAGUGCAGGGCUAAAGUUGAGAGGCUUUCAUUCUGCCAGAGAGCAGCAGCAGGGAUCAGGAAUGGGUGGCAAGGGGGAUAAGGUGGAGCAGACUGUGAUUAAAGAAGAAGGCAGAGAAGGACAGAAGCAAGGGCGUCUGGUCAGACAGUUUGGAAAGUUUGGCUCUGGGAGGGCAGAACUUAGUCUACCCAGUGGGCUUCAUGCCAUGCCCCAGGGCCAGCUUUAUGUAGUGGAUUGUGGGAAUGCCAGGGUGCAAGUGACAGAUGCACGUGGCAACAUACUGCAGCAAGUGUCCACCCAGGGUACUGAGGGCUCUACGGCCCGCCGCCACCACAACUAUUUUGACAUUGCUGUAAAUGGAAAGGGUCUAAUCGCACUGAGCUGCGCGGCGGAGCGUGCUCUUCUCAUUUUCAAUCGACACGGGCGUCGCUUGCAGGCCUUCGGUGGAGGUGGAGAUGAGCUAGAGGCCCCAAGGGGGGUUGCUGUCAAUCAAAGGGAUGAGUUCGUAGUUGCCGACACCCGACGUGGCACCCUGACUGCUUUCCAGCUGGAACCCAAAACAGGCCGUAAGCUGGAGCGCACUGUGGUCCCUGGAUUCUGUAAACCAUAUCUUGUGGCAGCCAGCCUGACCACAGGGUUGGUUGCCGUCUCGGAGAGGGGAAGUGAGACUAGUGGAGCACCCUGUGUUAAAGUCCUGGAUCCCAGCUGGAGCACCAUCAGGAUCCUGGGCAUUAAUGCUGGUCUGGGACCGGUGCUCUCCUGCCCCUGGGGAGUGUGCAUUGACACAGAUGGUGAUAUACUUGUGGCAGACUGGGCCAAGGAGCACAAGGUUUUGCUGUAUCCUUCUCAGGGGACAGGAAGAUCCAUCAUCAGAGAGGGACUGAGCAGCCCCAGGGGUCUGGCUCUGUUGCCAGACGGACAUCUAGUGGUGGCAGACAGCAUGCACAACUGCAUCAAGAUCUUUCAGUACAAAUAAUUAUUUUUGCAGGCUUUUUGUGGCACACCAAAUCCGCCAGGAUGUUGUUGGCUUUGUUUUACCUCUAACAGGGAUGGAAGAUCCCUUUUCACGAAAUCUCUGAAAUGAAGGAUUCCUAAUUUUAUCAUGUAAUCAAAUUGAAAUCUGUAAUUAUAAAUGAUAAAUGUUACUAACAGAACUAUAAAUCAAUAGAUAAACUGUAAGAAAUGUUACUAUCUUGCAGCCUGGUCAGAUCUCGCAGCCUUGUCAGAUCUCGGAAGCUGGUUAGGACGGGGAAACCUCUAAAGAAAUCUGCAAAUUUUGUAGAUAACGUGUAAGUAGCACUUUUCCUUCUGGAUCAGUUACUAAACCCAUGCCUCAGUAUGGUGACUGAGGUAGAAGGUGCUUUCCUUUGGACGGGACAUUAACUGAGGUCCUGACUACUUGAUUAUUAAAGAUCCCAGAGUACUUUUAAAAUAGUAGGGAUACUCACCCCUCCCAGUGUUAUGGCUAAGUGCCACUCUGGGAUUGUACAUACUGCCUUUCUUAAAAAAAGUCCCCCUUAAAUCACUUAGUGAAGCAAUUUCUCACUUCUUUAUGUGAUCUGCUGUGCAGUGGGGAUGCUGGUGUAGAAUGGCUGUUGUGUGUCAUGCAGGUGGGGCUGCACUUCAGUAGUGGAUGAAGUGUCUCCUCUCCUAUACUGUAUAUUAAGCACUCUGGGACCCUCUAGGGUUAAAGGCACUGUAUGAUUGAAUGGAAUUAUUAACUGUUUUUCAUUAACCUAAUCUGUACAGUAUAAUGGUGAUGAGGAAAGUUUAGCAGUAAUACUAAUGACAUGAACAGCUGAAAGUUGUCUUCAAAAAUCAUUAUCACGAUCUGAAUAAGUAAAACUGCUGACAGUGUUCACGGUAUUAUUAAAAAAAACAUUUAAUUGAAAUAGCCCAAUUUCUGGAGCUCUGUUUUAAUUUAUCAUAAACUUUGUGACCCAAGGUUGGCUUUUCUUAGGUUUAUUGUUUCAGUGAAGUUGAAUGGACUGUAUGCAGUGGUCCAUGCAACACUUGGAACACUUUUUAUGUGUGUUUCAGUGUCAUUAUGAACUCUUUGUGCAUCACUAAUUGAUGAACAAUGAGUUGCUUAGAAAGAUGCAGGAGACCAACAAGUUUAGACAAGGCUGAAACUCAUUUUUGCUCGUUACAUUUCUUGGAAAUGACUUGUAUAAAGGAAAUUUGAGAUCCAAAGAGCAUAGUUUAAUAUCUUAAUAAAUAACUCAGUUGGAAUGGAAAUCAGUAGACACAGGAUACCCCACCACAAGGACUGAAUGCAAUGCAUUUGAGUGAGUUUCAAACAUGCGAGGAAAUGCCUGCCUCAAGCCGUGAGCAGACUCAAAAAGCAUGAGGGGAGGCCAUCCGGCCAAUCUAGUCAUUUUAGUUAUUCAUUAAUUUAUCCAAUGAUCUCAUCAAGCCACUUGAAAGAAACCAGGGUGUACAGGGUCAACAACAUGGCUGUGUAGCUUGUUCUAGAAUUCCACAACCUCUUGGGCAACAAUGUGCCUCCUGUUCUGUCAGAAAAGUAUUUCUACGUACUGUAGUUUCCACUUGUGUCCUCUGGUUUUUUUUCUCUUUAGAAAGAAAGUCAAAGGAUUAACAUGAAUAUUUGUAUCUUGUCCUUGCACAAAUACUUUAAAUAUUUGAAUACUUAUAUACGUGAAUGUCUGCUCUGCUCAAGGCUUAAAAGGUUCCAACCCUUCAAUUCUAUAGUAUUUUGUUUACCUUUUGAAUUGUUUCCCCACAACACCUCAGCAUCCUAUUUCAUAUUUAGUUUCCGUUUUUACUACCUGCAUUCAUAACCCUGAACUUGCCUACAUUAAACAUUAUCUGUCUGGUGUUUGCCCAGUGGUGAAGUUUAUCUAGUAGGGUUAGUCUACAGCAAAUUACUCAUUCAUGUUGUGAAUUUGACUCUAGGAACGUUCUGGAAAUGGCUAAGUGCUGGGUAAAAUUAUUUUCCUGCUGAUCUGUUUCAGCAGGAGAUAAAUACAAGUGAAGAGUACAAUGGGUUAAAUACACUGAAGGCUUCUGGUCCCCUUAUGACAACUGAACCUGACCCCACUGUUACUGUUGCCUUCUCGAUUUGUCUAGCGAAUAUUUGCAUUGUAAUAAUUAGUAAUAAGCAACACACGUCCUACUUGUUCUGCAGGUUCUGUAUUUUAAUUUCAUUUGCCUGAAUAUUAUGAUCAUCCCACCUGUUUUGACUAGAAGUGAGGCAUCCUCCUUUCUCUAAAGGCUAACAAAACAAACCUAUACAACAAAAGACUAAUAAAGGUAAUCAUAUAAAUGAACACAGUUCCUGCAGAUGCGUAGGAUCUUCCAGCUUUCUCACAUUCACGUCUCAUUUAACUCAUCUAGGUGAAAUUGUAGUAUUCUGUAUUUCUGCAAUGCCCUUUUAAGUUGGAGAGUUAUAAUUUAAGGCUAAACAUUAUCUAUACAAAUAUACUGUCAUUUGAAAGACAUAUUCCCCUGGAUUAGUUUCAAGACCCUCACUGUGGAUGACUAUUUGGCAUCUUCAAUCGUCUUUUUUCCUCUUGUUGGACUGUAAGAAAGAUAUGAAAAUAUAGACUGUAGUUCACAAACCAGGGGUACAUCUGCAAUAUUGCCAGCAGGAGCUGGCACAUACAACACAUGGGACACCACAAACUAUAGUCUGUUUUAAUAUUAUUAAAUUUCCUUGCUGCAUGAAAUAAAUCUAUGAACU